UGUUUGUUUAAAGACUAGUUGUGAGAAAAUUGGCAAUGUGACGCUCUUUAGGGCGGAGUGCCAUGUCCAUUUAUUUCUCGAAUGCGAAAGUGUACAUGCAUGAAACAGAUUAGUGACCCUACGCAGAGUGCUUCAAGGAUAGGUGACGCCCUUCUUCGAAUGUGCCCUAAACUGUUGUAGUUUUGGAGCGAGAUAUCCCAGAGUGUUAGCCGAGGUCCUGACGGAUCAGUGCAGGGCACUUUAGGCAACGCCGCAGGCUCUCUUACGAUAGAUGUUUAUACAAUAGAACAACGAUGGAAAUGUAACCACACUGUGCGAAAACUAUCAUGCGAGAAAGUCAAGGUUCCAGGAGGAAUACUUCAAUAGAAAAGUUCUGGAUCUACGAAUCUAAAUCGUACUCUUAGAAAAGGGACUGUACCUUGGAGACCAUGCUUUUCAUCUGUAUUUUGUUCAUCAGUGCUGUGGCAACACAAGUGCAAGGCCAGACAUCCACUCUGCCUCACCUGACUGGCUGCUUUUCUCGAGAACUAAUGACUUUUCAUUGCCAAUGGGAGACUGGAUCUCUCCAGAACCUCACAGAUCCUGGAGAUCCAAGACUUUUCUACAUAUUAGAAAAGGAUUCCAAGAAAAAUGAGAGAAAAUGGAGUGAAUGUCCAAGUUACAGCUCCUCAAAGACGAAUGAAUGCUACUUUAAUUCCAGCAAUACCAUUAUUUGGUACCCUUACAGGAUCCAAUUACGUUCACGCUCUCUUGAUUUUGUUUACGAUGAAAUGUCCUUCAAUGUGGAAGAUAUUGUGUUUCCAGACCCGCCUGUGGGACUCAACUGGACACUUUUAAGUAUGAGCUCAUCUGGCUUAAUCUGUGAUGUGGUUGUGAGCUGGGAGCCACCCCCCUCGGCAGCAGAGAAUGUGAAGACAGGAUGGAUGUUGUUGGUGUAUGAGACACAGUACAGAGAAAAGGGUUCAGACCAGUGGAACUCACUAGAGAAUGGCAAAGAAACGCAGGCAUAUAUCUAUGGUCUGCGCAGCAACACUGAAUAUGAGAUCAGAGUGAGGUCAAAAAUGAGAGGUUACAAUUAUGGUGACUUCAGUGACUCCAUCUUCAUACUCAUUCUUGACAAAGAAUCAAGAGUUCCUAUUACAGCUGUGCUCAUCUUUGCUGCUGUUGGUGUUGGGAUUAUCUUGAUGCUGGUUGUAGUUUCACGUCAACAAAAGCUAAUGGUGAUAUUCCUACCACCUGUCCCUGUACCAAAAAUCAAAGGGAUUGACCCAGUUCUUUUACAGAAAGGCCAACUGAGUGAAUUUACAUCAAUCUUAGGCACCCACCCAGGCUUGCGCCCGGAACUGUAUAGCAGUGAUCCAUGGGUCGAGUUUAUAGAGGUGGACUUCGAUGAACCACAUGAGAGUCAGGAGGAGCUCCUCAUUGCUGACUCUCCGGUCUCUGACUCACUGCAAAUGUCCAGUGGUUUCAGGGAUGAUGACUCAGGUCGGGCUAGCUGUUGUGACCCAGACCUGUCAGAUCAUGAUCAAACAGAUCUUCAUCAGUCUUUAGUCAGUGGACAUGAUGGUUUCCACCCCCUGUCUCGUGCUCACUCUGGUACACCACAGCCUGCAGCUGUCGUUCCACAAGACACAACUUGGACUAACAGCCUAUACUCACAGGUCAGUGAUGUUACACAGCGUGGUGAAGUAAUGCUUUCUCCAGAGGAACAAGAAAUGCUCUGCAACACCAGGUGUCAUAAUGAGCCUCUUAAAGAUAAUGAAAACAAUAAGAGGAAGGAACUUCAGCAGUUGGUGGUGAUCCCUGAUGAAAGAGGCUACACCUCCGAGCUUGUUGCCAGUGUAAUCAGCGACCAACACAGCCAACCUACAACAGACUAUUCUCUCUGCACAGAACAGGGUCAAGAAAAACACAGUGCAUUCAGAGAACUUCAAAAUAUGAGCACUAAGACAGACACUUCACUUCACCUGUCCACAGCAUUUGCCAUUCUUGCAAAGCCUACCAAUCCAGAGUACACCAUGGUGGAUGGAGUGGAUUGGAAAAACAGUCUCUUCCUGAAACCAAAUACACAAAUUGCCCCACAAGCAAAAGCAGUGCUAAAAACUUGGCCUACUCCUGAAGGAUACUUGACUCCUGAGCUACUAAGCAACCUUAACUAAAAGUGGAGGACUUUCUCAGGAAG